AUGCGGCCGCACGUGCUCGAGAUCCGGCCCGGGCACGACGUGGCCGACGCCCUCGCGCGCUUCGUCCGCGGCCGCGGCGUCGGGAUCUGCGUCCUCUCCGCCCACGGGGCCGUCUCCGACGGGCAGGUCCUGGGGGGCACGGUGGCGGGCCCGAUGGUGGCGGCGGAGACGGUGGUGGUGGUGGCCGCGGCGUUCUCCAACCCCGCCGUCCACCGCGUCCCCGCCGACGACGACGACGACCCCACCGCCGCCGCGCCGGAGGAGGAUCGCCACCACCAGCGCCGCGGCCCCGCCCCGCCGCGCUCGGCGGCGCUUGCGGGGGCGCCGGUGACGUCCGUUUACGGCGCCCACUUCCCUUCGGAGGUCGCUUGGGCGCCCACCGCGCGGCCGCCUCCUCCGCCGCCCCCGCCUCAUUACUGA